AUGAAGCGACUCGAGACCAUUAUACAAUGUUACGACAUACAAGUGACCGCGGGUGCCGACGAAGUAUCGGCCAUAUCGUCAUGGAUAUCGGAAAGUGUUGAGUUUGAAAGGCGCCUGAAUGAAUUGACAACGGCCAAGGUCAAGGAAGCCGAUGCCAAGGUCAAGGAAGCCGGGGCCAAGGCAGACUACUAUUGGAAUGAGUGGGUGAGGGUAGGAACGGCGGCGAAUGCUGCGGAAACCAAAAUUCAAGAAGCCUCCCAGGCGAUUGAGGAAAUGGAGAUCAUAGAACUGGACAAGAUGGAUGCGCACUACACGUCUCAAUACAACGAAAUGGAAGGUCGCCACAAUCGAGAACUGGCGGCCCGGACGCGGCACUUUUCCGACGAGAUCAAGAAGCUGGAGACGCUCAUGGCAACCACGGGAAGCAACUACGCCGCCAUGCCCGACCCCGACCUGCAAAGAUACAGCCGCGCCGUGGACACAGACCUCGACCCGACGGGAUAUUUGACGCGCGCAGGACAGGGGGACAAGACGUGGACCAAUUUUCUCAAAAGUCUAUGCUGGCGGAUCCUAAUCGAGGGUUUCUUCUACUAUCCGCUCGGCUUCGGGGCUCUGGGGGUGAAUGGGCAGGACGCAUUCGCCGCAGUCUACCCGCUGCUUGCCGAGACCAAGGCGGGAGAAACGAAUGAGCUUCGCGCCCACAUCUUCGAGCGCAUCCUGCGGCAGGUCAAGGGAACUCUGAGGGGUAAUCCCGAAGGCCUCUUUUCGGGGCUCUUUCGAUCCAACGCCAGCAAAGUGACGGAGACGCUGAUUGACGCGCUGCAGCGAGCCUCGGGCGGCCUCCUCGACAAGGAGGCGAGCACCGAAAUUGCGGAUGUGGUGGAGAAGUUGGGCAUCCUCGCGCUGGAGAUGGGGUCGCAGCGCGCCCAGGUGUACCUGGAGUCCUGCGAGAAUGGUUCGGAGCAAGUCGUGCCGGGGCCAAAGUUUGACUGCGCCGGCACCGACGUGUUAGGCGCGCGGGUGGUGGAUAUCAUGACCCAACCCUGCCUGGCCAGGGCGGGCGACGGCCGGGAUAACUCAAAGGUCCGCAAGGUCAUUGUCAGGGAAGCUUCGUCCCACUGCGUUGAGGAAGCCUGGGCGGUGAAACCACACUACUAUACGUUCGUGUUCGACGUGGUGACAAUCAGCAGGGAUGUUGAUGUUGGCAGAUCGCUAGGAUCCUACAUCCCAUCUUGGGUUAUAAUGCCCCAGGGCCCGAGGAAGGGAGGCUAUGAGUCUGUUCUAAACGAGGAAAUGUAA